AUGAACAAAACACCCAUGGAAUAUGAAACAAGUGACACAUACCUCUUAUACCCAUAUUAUAAAGAUAGAAAACCCACUGUCAUUAUACGCAUAUUGUUAUUUAACAAAGAUUGUAAUACAAAUGGCCGCUUAGAGAAACUAAAUUCAGAUGAUGGAGUUGCAAUUUUGAAGUGCAUAUUUUGCAGGAAAUCGUCUGCUUGAUGUUUUUAUUAUCAGCUAUACAGAUGAAACCUGAUGAUGCAGUUGCAGUUACCAUAGUUACUGAUACUAUUUAUUACCUUCUCACUACAGUGGAGUUGUAACACAGAAAGAUAUAAAGAUGAGACCUCCGAAUGGGAUCGGUACGAUGGCAGUCGUGACCAAUAGAGAACGGUAUAGUGUACCAGAGUUCAACACAAUGUACUGCCACGCCAGGCCACGGGGAGCCGACAGCAUUUAUCAGGUGCCAAACCCAAGACUUAAGGCUAAGAGACAACGAGAACGAGCACGGACCCAUCCCCGAGCACAGCCGAUGUUGUAUUAUAGAGCACCUGGGAACAAAAUGGUAUUCGCCGAAUAUAACGGACCAGUUCAAACGUCUUCCCGAGUUGAUACCUACAUGGAACAAUUCCUGGGGCACGCCCUCUUUAUGUCUACGGCAAAAUAUCAAACUGGGAGAUACAAGAGAGUCGGGGGUGGAUUCAAGCCAGGUUCCGCCUACUUUCGGCAUCUGGUGGAGACAAUGGAACGCCAGAAGGUGGAAAAAAUAAAGAGGACAAGCCGUAUGGAAGCCAUCAAAGAAACAAAUGUAAAACCAAUGAGGGUGUUUAUUCGCACCAGCUCUAGUGAUACAAACUCAAGUGACCCUGAUAAGCUCGACGAGAAAAUUGUAUUUUUAUCAGUGAACGACUACUGCCAUGUCCAGGAUGACGAUAUGGACAUAAAGGAUAUCCUUAAGCCAUAUCUCACAAACAGUGAACUGUCAAACUUUUCAAAAAUCGAAAAAGAGGAGAUUAAACCAGUGAGAAGUUUUAUUAGGACAAAGAGUGGAAAGAUGAUCGAAAGAAUAAUAUACAUACCAUCAACUGUUUAUUCAGGACUUAUUAAUGGGACCAUGGACGCUAAAAGUGCGAUAUCCCCACAUACUAAGCUAUCAGAUGGAGAAAGCCUAGAUGGAUGGGGCGCCGCACAGUUAAAAACAAUCAAAGUCAGACUGAGAACGAGAACCGGUGAAAUAAUUGAAAGAACAGUUUUAAUGUCAUUUACUGACUAUAAACUAGUGCUAGAGGGCGAUGCUACAGCAGAAGACAUAUUGAGAUUAUAUAUCUCAAUAGAUAUCGGCACUGUGGUGGAAGACUUCAAGAAGUGUCCCUCUCCCACUCUUAGAGAAUUAACCGUCACUGUUGGGACAACGGGGGAAGGUAUACACGAUAAAUCCAUCAUUUUAACAGAUUAUGAACUAAAUGGCUUGUAUGAACAAGGGAACUACAAUGAAGAGAGUUUUCGCAAGUUGUUCAAGCUUAGACCCGAGCAAGUAAUUGUCGACUAUGAUGAACCCGACACAGUGUACAACACUUCCGAUGAUGAGAUCGAAGAAGCAAUUGAGAAGAGAAAAGAAGAAACUGGAGAUCCAGUGCCUGUUAUAUCCAGAGUUGGAAAGGAUGGCUAUGUCUAUGAUUAUUUCAAGGAUCCCGUGACAGGAAAAUUAUUCAAAAAGAGAGGUAAACGGCGCAUUGUAGUUGGUGGAAGUGAUGUUACGACGGAUGUUGAUAGUGGAAUAAGCUCACUAAACACAAGCUACAUGAGUGAAUCACCACACAGACAUAUAAUUGACCAUCAUAAAAAGAUAGACUUGGAUAAGAUACUAGAGGAAGAACGCACAAACAUUUUAAAAGCCAAGGCUGCAAGACAAGACCAGAAGAAGAAUAGAAUACUCAGACGAAAGGACUCAAAAAGGGAAUUGACCAAUCACAUUAAGCAAGAAGUCCAAAGAAAACAUGAGAGGAAACUGAAACAUCCGAGGAGUGAAACAAAAACAUUUCGCCUCCCUAGAAUAAAUCACCACGACGAAGACUCAACAAUACCCAAGGACAGGAUAUCAACUAAUCUUAAUGUGAAACAAUAUAUUGAAGGGUGCACAGACAAUGAUGCAAGUAAAGAUGAAUUUCUACUUCAGAGCAUGACCGACAUGAGUCGAACAAAUAUAGAGAGCAGCACAAACCCAACUGUUGACUCCAAUUCAAGAUCACUGGAUAAUAAUAGUACACACACUGAUGAGCUAGAAAUGCACAAUGCAGGGAAGGAUUCAGUCAACAAUAGCUCGGAAAGUGAUUCAAACAAGGUUGAGCAUCAAGAUGUUUCUCUACACAAAGUAAAUGAUAAAAUGGCAACAGAAGUCACUAAAGGUUCUAAGCAGAGUGUUUUUAAUAACAUAAAGUUGCCAACUAUUUCUAGAAAUAAGUAUAACACCAAAAGAAAAAUGAAACUUAUCAUUGAUUCACCAGAACCCACAAAAUUCCCAUCUAUUGACAGCAACUCUAAAGAUGAUAAUGCUUCAGAAGUCAAAGAUAAUUCAACAGAUGAGACAGUUGCUAAAGAAACAGUAACAUUGCCUCCUAUAGAUGACGAUGAAAAAUAUUCAGUCACAAUGUUGCCAAUUAGAAAACCAAAACCAAUUAGUAAUCUUGCAUCGACUAAAUUUAAACGUAUCAACAGAACACGUUUAACAGAGGUCGUUACAUCAGAUGAGAACAUCAGAAGAAAAUUGUCUCCUCCGAUUAGUAUACCAUUCGAAAAUCACAAAAGGAACCUAAACAUAGGACCGCUAAAUUACAAAGCAAAUGCUAAAAACUACAAUGAAGCUAAUGAAACCUAUUCCUUGGAAGACAAAAAGUAUGUCAGCAACAAUACAGAAAUUGAAGAAGAUAGGAUAGAGCUAGAUGAUAUUAAAACAAACAGUAUUAUUGAAAGUGAAAACGAACCUGAUAUAGACUCAGAAUAUACAGAAUCUAAUCCUGCAACUAUUUAUGAAGUAAGCCCUGAUGAAACUGACUUUGACUCUUUAGAGUAUAGUUCAUAUAGUGAGUUUAGUGAAGGAGGUACUAAAUAUAAAGGUAGAAGAAGAAAGAAAAGACCUUGGCAAGGUCCAAUGAAUUUAAGAACAUCGGAAAGGGAAAGAGAGGCAAAGGAAAGAAAAGCUGCCCGAAUAAAGGAACUGAGAGACAGACGUGAAAGAAGACUCACUCAACAGGAACGUGUUGACAUUGCCCAGUCUAAACGUGACCAAAGACGUGCAGAGGGAGAAGCUGCUUCUAAAAUGCUACAAGAACCUUUGCUGGGUGACAAUCAGAAUGUUCAUCUAGAUGAUGAAACUAUUGAUGAAUCGGAUAGAGUUGACAGAAGUGUUGAAACAAAGACAAAGAAAAAGCGAAAAACCAAGAAAUAUAGAUCUAGUGGUCAGACUGGAGAUGGCCAUAAGGCAAACAAAAUUAGAAAAGAGAAGCCUAAAGUGAAGACAUCAAGUGAAGUAAACGAGACUAAAACUCAAACAGAGCUGAAGGUAGACGGUAAAGGCGCUACAACGGCAAGGGAGGGAAACAAACUAAAGACAAAACAGAAGCAACCACAGAUAACACCAAGAAAAACACAUAGGGCUGGAGAAAGUAACAACCCGAAAAAGCAAAAAAAGGAUUCGAAAGAAAUGAAGGUUGCAAAAUACAUAGCUGAUGGUAAUGAAGCUGACAAUGAGGAAGAUGGAGAAUCAGUUCUUGAGAGGAGUAAAAAGCGAAGAAAGAAAUUAAUAGACAUUGAAUUUGUUGCUCCAAUAUCUCGACCGCGACCCGAGUCUCCUCCAGACUCUUUGAACUCAUCGUUUGAAUUAUAUUGGACUAGCGAUGACGAGAAUAAAGAGGACUACUUUGAGGAAACAAAUGGAAUUUUCAAACUCAAAGAAAAUGUCCACAGAAUUGACCUAACCAAAGUUAAGAAAAAAGAUCUCCAAAGACUAGGCCUUGAUGUAACACAAAGAAAGCAGCAGAUCACUAGGGUGAUCAAGAAAAUGUUUGACGAAACUGGAGACAAUAUCCGAGUUGAACACAAGGGUGAGAAGGUUGGUUUCAAACCUAUCACAGAAUACACUUCGGACGUUGACACCGAAGAACUUGCUGAGGAUAGUGAUCUUGACGUUGACACAGUUGCUGGGCGAAGAAGGGUAAACAUCUUAAUGCGAAGGGGUGGUGAAAAAAUGGCGUCUCAUAUGAAAGAUAUUAUAAAACAAUCAAAUUUAAAAGAACCAAGAGCUGCUAAAAAAGAAGAGACUGAUACAGGAGUAGACUUUUUGAGUCACUAUCAACUUGUAGACAAAAUGAAGGUUAAUGGAUAUGCAAGAGCCUUUGUUGUCGAAGAUGAGUCAUACAGGGGGAAAAUUCCAUUCAAGCUCGCUCGCAAUGCUCUUGGUGGUGUUUAUGGUAUGCAAGAUGUCACAUAUAAACAGGUCGACUACACUUUUAAGGUGUUGGACAUAGGGGAGCAGAGUAAACUGACAUUCCGCAUGUUUUCUGUGAUCACAGCUUUGUUAGAGAGAAUCACUAGUAUGGACUCCUACUGCAAACAACUAUUGCAAGUGUGUAAUUUAGCAGACAUAGAGAGGAAAAUACAGCUGUACAGGGACAUGUUCUACACAAAUUUAAAAUCAUUUGGUGACCCAAACCACAUAACAACAGAGUCUCUAGAAAUAGAGCUAAUGGCUGGAGGGUUAAACAAGCAUCAGCAAAUAUACUUGAUGGAUAAAUUACGUGGAAAGCCUCCUAAAGUAAAAUAUGAGAUAUCAUUUCUGGACUAUAUCGCCUACAUUCCACUGUUCCUGUCAAUGCACGAAAAUAUAUGUGAUAACCCACUCGAUAUGAGAGACACCAAAUAUGAGGAUAACAAUGACAAAGCUGAUACACUACAGAGAGACAUGAAUCCGUUGAAUUGUCCAUUGAAGACCGACUCCUCGUAUAUGAUGAGAUUGAAGGCAAAACUGAUACUGGAAGGAAAACUAAGAGUGGAAGUUUCGCCUCAACAAAUUAGCCUGUAUAAAAAAUAUUAUAACAUGCCAGAAAUGAUAGGUGCCACCACUGUUUGAGUGAACCAAGUGUUGAUAGUGCUUAAGCACGAUGAUACC